AUGAACAUUAGCCGAGAUGCAUUUGAAGGUGUGUUUAUAAAGAAUUUGAUAUCGGUUGGAUUAGGUGUCAUUAUAACCUAUAUCAAUGGCAUUUUCAUAUAUGCCUUUUUUAAAACUCCAAUCUUCUACACUGACACAAGAUAUAUUUUAUAUAUUCACCUUGUCAUCAAUGACAUAAUGAUGCUUUUCAUAUCAGUAACUCUGCAUGUUAUGACUUACACUGUACCACUUGUCAAUGUCACAGCCUGCUGUUUUCUGCUUCUGUUGGCCUCAACAACUGCAGACAACACUACACUGAAUCUGGCUGGAAUGGCCUUGGAACGAUACACUGCCAUCUGCAAACCACUGCAUCACCCUCAGAUCUGUACAGUGAAAAGGACCUACAUCUGCAUUGGUUUGAUAUGGCUUUUUGCCAUUGUGCCUGCUCUAACAGAUAUCAUCAUUACCUUACUGAAUCAACCUAUCAGUUAUUUCUCUACAUCAACUAUGUGCUACAGCAAGAACAUUUUUAGCUCUAAUGAGCACCUCCUCAAAACAAUCUUUACACAAACACUGUAUUUGUUAAGUGUGUGGAUGACAUUGGUUUUUACAUACUUCAGGGUUCUUCAGGCAGCUAAUGCUGCAACUGCUGAUCAGGUUAUGGCCAGAAAAGCCCGGAACACUAUUCUACUCCAUGGCAUUCAACUUCUUCUCUGCAUGCUUGCAUAUGUCACACCAUUUUUAAACUAUAUAUUUUUUGCAUUGUUCCCUAACUAUAAAAGUACAUUUAUGUUUAUCACCUAUCUAUUGGCUAAUGUAUUUCCACGACUACUAAGUCCUCUUCUUUACGGAGUCCGAGAUCAAAAAAUGUUUAAACAUAUUAGAACAUAUUUGGCAUUUGGUCAGUUUAGCACACAGGUUGGACCAGUGGGCAAGAAACCAAACUCUUAG